AUGGCUCCCCGUCGAAAGGCAUCUUCAAUCCCCGAGGGGUACAAGGAGGAUCUCUCCAAAGGCAAGAUGCUUCGCUUUGAGGACUCUUUGCCCCACCUCCCCGUGCCAUCCCUGGAGGAGACCGGCCGCCGCUACCUGAAGUCCGUCCACCCGCUCGUCUCCGAGGCGGAGUAUGAGCGCACCAAGACUGCUGUAGAGGCUUUCAUCCGCCCUGGUGGUGAGGGUGAGCCUCUCCAGAAGCGGUUGUUAGAGCGCGCCGCCAACCCCAAGAUCAAGAACUGGAUUGCCGAAUGGUGGAACCAGGCCGCUUACCUGGGCUACCGUGACCCUGUGAUUCCAUAUGUUUCCUACUUCUACUCCUACCGGGAUGACCGUGAGCGUCGAGACCCGGCCAAGCGCGCGGCAGCCAUCACUUCUGCUGCUCUCGAGUUCAAGAAAGAAGUUGAUGCCGGCACGCUCGAGCCCGAGUACAUGCGCGGUCAGCCCAUGGCCAUGAGCUCCUACGAGUACAUGUUCAACUGCUGCCGUAUCCCCGCUGACCCCGCAGAUUACCCCCAGAAGUACUCCGCCGAAGAGAACCAGCACAUUGUCGUGGUCCGCAAGAACCAAUUCUUCAAGGUGCCCCUGGUCGUUGACGGCCAGACCCUUAACGUGUCUGAGUUGGAGCAGCAGUUCCAGCGCAUCAUUGAGAUUGCCCAGCCUGCCCCGCCGGUCGGUGUGCUGACUGUUGCUGACCGUGAUCACUGGACUGCGGCCCGCAAGAAGCUCAUCGCUGCUGAUCCGGCCAACGAGGAGGCUCUACGUGCGAUCGAGUCUGCUGGAUUCGUGGUCUGCUUGGAUGAUGCUAAGCCCGUUACUCUGGAGGAGCGCUCACACCAGUACUGGCACGGCGACGGUUCCAACCGCUGGUUUGACAAGCCCCUGCAGUUCAUUGUCAACGACAACGGUACAGCCGGCUUCAUGGGCGAGCACAGCAUGAUGGACGGAACACCCACUCACCGUCUGAACGACCACGUCAACAACCUCAUCUUCAACAAGCGUAUUGAUCUCUCUGCCAAGUCUGUCCGCUCCCAGCUCUCUGACCCCAAGCCCAUCACCUUCAACCUAAACAAGGAAACCAACGAGGCCAUCGACAUCGCGGCUCAAUACCACCGCAAGCAAAUCGCCGAUCAUGAGCUCGUCGUCCAAGCCUUCCAGGGCUACGGAAAGGGUCUGAUCAAGAAGUUCAAGUGCAGUCCCGAUGCCUACGUCCAGAUGGUCAUUCAACUCGCCUACUUCAAGAUGUACGGCAAGAACCGUCCUACCUACGAAUCUGCCUCGACCCGUAAAUUCCAGGAAGGCCGUACAGAAACUACCCGUACCGUCUCCGACGAGAGCGUCGCCUUCUGCAAGGCUUUCCACGAUCACACCGUCCCCCGUGAGGAGGUUGUUAAGCUCUUCCGUGCUGCUCUGUCCCAACACACCAAGUACACUCUUGAGGCUAGUGAUGGCCGCGGUGUUGACCGUCACCUCUUUGGUCUGAAGAAGCUUCUCCAGCCUGGCGAGAAGCUUCCCGCUCUCUACGAGGAUCCUGCAUACUCUUACUCCGGUUCUUGGUACAUUUCUUCUUCCCAGUUGAGCUCAGAAUACUUCAACGGAUACGGAUGGAGCCAAGUUAUUGAUGAUGGAUUUGGUAUCGCCUACAUGAUCAACGAGAACAGUCUCAACUUCAACAUCGUCUGCAAACGCCUCGGCGCUCAUCGUAUGAGCUACUUCCUGAAUGAGGCCGCCUCCGAGCUUCGGGAUGUGCUUAUGCCCGACCUGGCUGCCCAGUCUGAGAAGGCUAAGCUGUAG